GAAGUUGAAAGCAAUAUACAGGUGCCAGCCAGGUCGGCUCUGGGUCUUCUUCAGCCUCCUCAUCUUCCUCUUGGUCACGCUUCAAGUCGUGGAGAAGCUGCAGCCUCCCAGAAGCUGCCGGUGCGAGCUGGAGCGUGCCCUGCAGCCGACCGUGGACCACGUCCAGGAGAAGCUCAGCUAUGCCCUCCAGACCCCUGACCCGCUGCGGCAGGAUGACCACAGAGGAGCACGGGAGAACAUCACCACCAGGAACGAGACAGGUGGUGCUCAACCUCCGCAAGCAGAGGGCUUUUACCAGACAAACCUGGAGAGAGGAUUUUUCCCAAGCUGGACAGAAGUCUCUAAGGCUGAGGAGGGGACUCCUGGAGAAGGCCAGCAGGCCAGAGGGGUCUCCUCUCCAGGGGAGACGUGCGAGCCCAAGACUGACAUUGUUUUUCUCAAAGUCCACAAGAGCGCCAGCAGCACCGUCAUGAACAUCCUCUUCCGCUUCGGCGAGAUGCACAACCUCACCUUCGCCUUCCCCAUCGGGGGUGGCAACCAGCUCUUCUACCCGCACCACUUCUUGGCGAGGUUCGUGCAGGGCUUUUCCUCCAGGAACCCUCGGCGGUUCAACAUCCUCUGCCACCACAUGCGGUUCCUGCAGCCGGAGGUGGAGAAAGUGGUGUCCAGCUCAGCUGUCUACUUCUCCAUCCUGAGGAACCCCGUGCAGCUCAUGGAGUCCUCCUUCUCAUACUACAAGGGCACGUCAGCUUUCUCCCAUGCCCGCAGCCUGGAGGAGUUCCUCAGCCAGCCCUACCAUUACUACAACCCUGCCUUCUCAGCCGAGCGGGUGCAACUCAUGCUGAAGGCCAUCGAAGCGUCCUUCGACCUGCUCCUCAUCUCUGAGUACUUCGAUGAGUCCAUGGUGCUGCUGAAGGAGAUGCUGUGCUGGGACCUGGACAGCAUCGUCUCCUUCCCGCUCAACAUCAGGGACAGCAGCACCAAGUCCCGCCUCUCCGACUCCAUCGUGAAGAAGAUCAAGGACUGGAACAGGCUGGACUGGGAAAUCUACACCCACUUCAACAGGACCUUCUGGGAAAGGAUCGACCGAGACAUUGGCAGGGAGCGCAUGCGGCGGGAAGUACAGGCGCUUCGGGAGAGGCGGGCAGAGCUGGCGAGGACCUGCCUGCAAGGCAUGGGCAGCGUGGCCCCGAAGGACAUCAAGGACUCUUCCCUGCGGCCACUGCAGCAUGGCAACGCCAAGAUCUUGGGCUAUAACAUCAAGCAGGGCUUGGAUAAGGAGACGGAACGCAUGUGCCGGCGGCUGGUGACCCCGGAGCUGCAGUACAGCAGCACUCUCUACAAGAAGCAAUUUCCCCCGAAGCCCCCCAAGACCCACCAGCCCUCUCCCUCUUGGAAGGGCAACGUCCUGCGGCACAGGCUGGGGGGCACCCAAAACUGA